AUGGCUUGGUUUCUGUGCGUGUGUGUGUUUUUGGCUGUGGGCCUGGCUUUGUUACUGUUGCAGCUGAAGCUCAGGAUGUCCUCACAUGGCCCACAAGUGCCUCCCUGCCUCCCAUCACUCCCCAUCAUUGGCAGCCUGCUAAGUCUGCGAAGCUCCCAUCCGCCUCAUGUGCUUUUCAAGGAGCUGCAGGAGAAAUAUGGACAGACUUAUUCUCUGAUGAUGGGCUCCCACAAUGUUAUCAUCAUCAACCAGCACGCACACGCCAAAGAAGUCCUGCUGAAGAAGGGAAAGACAUUUGCAGGGAGACCUAGAACUGUAACCACAGAUGUUCUGACCAGAGACGGGAAAGACAUCGCCUUUGGAGACUACAGUCCUACCUGGAGGUUCCACAGGAAAAUAGUCCAUGGAGCUCUAUGUAUGUUUGGAGAAGGUUCUGCCUCCAUCGAGAAGAUCAUCUGUUCAGAAGCCCAGUCUCUGUGUUCCAUCCUCUUUGAUGCAGCAGCUGUUGGACUGGCCCUGGAUCUGUCUCCUGAGCUCACCCGUGCUGUCACAAAUGUCAUCUGUUGUCUCUGCUUUAACUCAUCGUACCACAGAGGUGACCCUGAGUUUGAGGCCACGCUGCGCUACAGCCAGGGCAUUGUGGACACUGUGGCUAAAGACAGCCUGGUGGACAUCUUCCCCUGGUUACAGAUUUUUCCCAAUGCAGACCUGCGUCUUUUAAAGCAGUGUGUUUCAAUCAGAGACAAUCUUCUACAGAAGAAAUUUGAAGAACACAAGGCAGACUACAGUGAUCAUGUGCAGAGAGACCUGAUGGAUGCCCUGCUGAGAGCCAAGCGCAGUGCUGAGAACAACAACACAGCAGAGAUCAGUGCAGACUCUGUGGGCCUCAGUGACGACCACCUCCUCAUGACUGUGGGAGAUAUCUUCGGAGCCGGUGUGGAAACCACCACCACUGUGCUAAAAUGGGCCGUCACCUACCUCAUCCAUCACCCACAGGUGCAGAGAAAUAUCCAGGAGGAGCUGGACAGUAAAGUGGGGGGGGGGCGCUCACCCCAGCUGAGUGACAGAGGUAGUCUGCCCUACUUGGAGGCCACCAUCAGGGAGGUGUUACGGAUCCGCCCUGUGGCCCCUCUGCUCAUUCCUCAUGUGGCCCUCAGUGAUACCAGCAUUGGGGAUUUCACAGUGAGAAAAGGAACCCGUGUUAUAAUCAACCUGUGGUCUCUGCAUCAUGAUGAGAAAGAAUGGAAAAACCCUGAGCUUUUUGACCCUGGUCGCUUCUUGAACAGUGAAGGCACAGGUCUGGUCAUCCCUUCGCCCAGCUACCUGCCCUUUGGUGCUGGGAUAAGGGUUUGUUUGGGCGAGGCGUUAGCCAAGAUGGAGCUCUUCCUCUUCUUGUCCUGGAUCCUACAGCGCUUCACCCUCUCCGUCCCACCAGGCAACUCUCUGCCUAGUCUGGAGGGCAAGUUUGGUGUGGUCUUCCAGCCAGCCAAGUACAAGGUGAAUGCCACGCCUAGACCAGGCUGGGAAAGAAACAAGUGCCAAGCAUGUUAA